CGAGCUGCUGGCUACCGCUGCGAUAAGGCUGCAAGCCCGAACGAAAGAAGGUCUCGAUCAUUAGAUUCUAGUUCUGACUUCUAAGCUAGUUUCUCCAACUUUAUUAUAAAGGAAUUACAUAAUUUAAAACCAGGUGAAAGCUGUCAUUAAGAUGGGAAGAUUUUUGAUAUACUUCUCUUACCUUGGAACAAGAUACAGUGGUGUACAGAGACAGAAUGCUUUAAUUAAAGGUGCGCCUAUUUUAACAGUUGAAGGUGCUCUUCAGGCAGCACUUCAACGCUUGAGGCCAAAGAAUGAUUUUAAAAUUGUUUUGUCAAGUCGCACAGACAGUGGAGUUCAUGCAUUCAAAAAUUCAUGUCACGUUGAUUUAACAUACCCAUAUGGAGAAAAAGAGUAUGACCCAUCUUUUAUAACUGAUGUGGCCAACUUCUAUUUAAAAGCCAAACAUGAAGACGUCAGAGUUGUAGAGACAAGACAAGUCCCAGAUUCAUUUCAUAGUCGAUUUAUGGCUACUGGAAGGAAGUAUGUGUACAGAUUUGCUCAUGCCAUGACAUCAAAUCCUGUACAAAAUAUUAAACCAAAAUUAGAAGAGUUUAAGAAAUUCAAGUUCAGAAACAAGGCUGGCUACCCUCUACGGUCUAUGGGUGAUAACGUUCCUUUUCUGGAACUUGGCAAACUAUUGGUGGUCAGCCAGCAUAUAGACAUCGACAUGCUAAUGUCAGCUGCUGAAAUGCUUUCUGGGAUUCACAACUUUACAUCUUUUUCAACCAACAUGUCGCAUAAUUCCUACCAACCCCACCCUGUGAAACUGUUAACUAUUGGCGUUAAACGGGGUCAACCCCUCUGCACGCCGUUAUUUCAUUCAAAAGAAUUAGAAUUCUGGGAAAUCCAUGUACAGUCAAAAUCUUUUUUAUACAGACAGGUGCGAAGGCUUGUGGGAGCCAUGAUGCUGGUUGGGAAGGGUAAGAUGACAUUAGAAGUGCUCCAAGAUAUCCUAGAAAACCCCCAGUCAAAUUUUGAUUUAUCAAGUCAGAUGAGUGUCAGUGAAUGUGGGUUGUAUUUGCUUGAAGUCAACUACGACCCUAAGGUGUUGGAACUAAAUUCUGCAGAGCAAUCUACAGCCACAUGGAACUCUACGGAAGAGUAUGAGAGCUCUGAUGAAGAUGACGCUAUAGUACAAGUUUCUGAAGUGAAUGAAUCACCUGGCAGUUGACUACUGAUAAUAUAGUUUUUAAUUAUUAUUUUUUUCAAUUGUAUUAUAGAUGAAAAAGUAAAUAAAC